GCACCACCUGAAGUGUCGGAGUCGUACUAGGAGAACUCUUUUAGCCUCAAGUCUAAACUAUUCCUUUUUCGACUCCUAUUUCAGCCAAGAUGAGCGCCACAGCCGUGUCCAUGUGCCUCGUUUUCCUCCUGUCCGUAUGCUCAGCCUGCUACAUCUCCAACUGUCCCAUCGGCGGGAAAAGAUCCAUCAUGGACGCACCGUUGCGCAAGUGUAUGUCAUGUGGCCCCGGGGAUAGGGGGCGCUGUUUCGGCCCCAACAUCUGCUGCGGCGAAGGCUUUGGCUGCUUGUUAGGCUCUCCGGAAACAGCCCACUGCCUGGAUGAGAACUACCUGCUCACCCCAUGCCAGGCGGGAGGCAAACCCUGCGGAUCCGAGGGUGGACGCUGCGGCGCUUUAGGACUCUGCUGCGACGCAGAGAGCUGCACCGCAGACCAGGCAUGCCUGAUGGAGGAGGACGCGGACGACCAAGUGGGCCAAUACGACGGCGGCGACCAGAGUGACAUCAUUCUGAGGCUCCUUCAUCUGGCCGCUCACGCUUCCCCUCAUCGAGGCUCCCAAUGAGGCGACGCCGAGGAGGUGGAGGGACGCGUUAGAGUUUUAGUGCAUUUUACUAGUUAGUGUCUGUCGGUAUAUUUUUAUUUAUCAAAAUGAGGAUGGUAAUGAGAGUCAUCCAGCUUUCUUGCAUGAAAUAAAAUGUUGACUGAGUAAAAA